AUGAAGACACUACACAUCACAUCAACUCUUGCCCUUGCUUACGCAGGCUUGACUGCUGCCUACCCCAACAUUCUUGCCGAGCUCGAAGCACAAAAGAGAGAAUCGACUGGCUUGAAGAAGAGGAUUACCGGUAUCUUCGAUGCCGCCUCUCAGAAGGUCGAUGUCUCUGGUGCUCACGCUNUUACUCCUCCCAGUAGUGGAGACCAGCGCGGUCCUUGCCCAGGACUGAACGCCCUUGCCAACCACAACUACCUCCCCCACAAUGGUGUUGGCACCAUUGACCAGUUUAUCGAGUCCACUACCAAAGUUUUUGGUAUGGGUGUUGACUUGGCGACCAUUCUUGCCGUCUAUGGAGCUGCUGUCGAUGGCAACCUCGUGUCUUGGAGCAUUGGUGGUCCCACACCAAACGUGCCCUCCAUCAACCUUCUUGGACAGCCUCAAGGCAUCAGUGGCUCUCACAACAAGUAUGAGGGCGACGCAUCACCCACCAGAGGUGAUCUGUACCUUGAUGGUCAAGACUACCUCUUGGUGAUGAAGAACUUCCAGGCUCUUUACGAUGCAGGCAAGGCCGACGACAACUACGACCUCCAGCUUUUGACCGACAGAAGAGCUGCUCGCUUCCAGGAGAACAUCGAGCAGAACCCUUACUUCUUCAACGCCCCCUUCGCCGGUGUGGUUGCUCAACCUGCAGCGUGGAGCUUCAUCUACCGUUUCAUGGGUAACAAGUCUGCCGAGUACCCCGAGGGCAAGCUCAAUGGUGACGUCCUCAAGUCCUUCUACGCCAUCACUGGUGACGAUGGAAACUUCAAGUACACUCCCGGUUGGGAGCGUAUCCCCGACAACUGGUACACCCGCAACCAGCUUGACCCUUACGAUGUCACAUUCCUGACCCUCGAUACCGAUGCUCAACUCCUCCAGCACCUCGAGUUCGGCAGCGUUGGUGGCAAUACCGGUACACCCAACAGCUUCGUCGGCGUCGACCCUGAGCAAUUGACCAACGGUGUCUUCAACGCACAAACCUUGACUCAAGGCAACAACCUCAUGUGCUACGGUCUGCAGCUUGCCGUCCAGGAACUCCCUGACCUCCUCUCUGGCCUCGUUACCAACCUUGCUGCUGCCGUCAACCAAGUCAGCUCUGCCUUUGGCAAUGCUACUGAGAAGCUUGGAUGCCCUGAGCUUACCAAGAUCAACAAUGAUCAAUUCAGCAAGUACCCCGGCUACACCAAGCUGAAGUCCAAUGGACAGUACUGA